UUUGGUUGCCCGGAAAUUUUGGUAUGGGCCUGAUUCGCCAAUUUCCUUUCAGCAGAUGGAAUCAUCCCAUUCUGAAGAAUAUCAAAAUCGAUUUAGGAAUAUUGUUCUGAAAACUAUCGGACGAGACGUUCGCGCAGAGCAGAGUUUCCGGGCAACCAAACUCAGGGAAAAGCAGAUAACAGAGUUUCCUGUCAGCAGAUGGAAUCAUCCCAAAGGAAUAUGGUUGUUCCAAAGCGUAUGCUAAAAAUUCAAGCACAAUUUCACUGGGAUUUACGGAAGAGCAGCAGAGUUUGAUGGCUCCUAAACGGACUUGGUUGACCUCCAUUAUCCUAGUACAAACUCUCCAUGAUAUUGCAAUAGCUAUAAAUAUCCCCUUGUUCUUAGUGUAAUAUAUUUCUGGUUCCCAGGCCUCGAACUUCAGACAGGGAUAUAGAGCAAUUAUAAUUCAGUAAAAAAGAAGACAGAAAAAGGGUGUCUGUUUGACACUCUCUCAGGUUCAUCUCUCUCGAACUCAGAUUUCCAACCAUUCUGGAGUAAAGGAGCUGAUCAGUUGAAUAAAAAUGAACAUAGCAGCACUCAUACUUCUGCCAGUCCUUCUAACCAUCCAGUUUGCGAGCAGCCGCUCCAUUAGAAAUGAAUUCUCCGAUCUAAUAUCUGAUGGCUUGGAUCAAAAAGGUCAAAACAACUUCUUACAACUAAACAAUCUGGGGACAACUGUGACUUGCGAGCCGAUUUAUGGCUUCAUGCCUUGCACCACAAAGGUUUGGGGCAACCUCUUCCUCUUGGUGGUUUACGAGUACUUGCUGUCCCUCGCAGAUAAAUACAUUUCUAGUGGAUCCAAUCUUUUCUUUCAAAUGUUCGGAACUGGUGUAUUUGGUGGUAGUGUGUUCUAUGUGGUUGGUAAAUUCCCACAAAUUGUAUUGGUUCUUGUGACCUUGCUCUCAGCCAGUGAAAAUGUUGUCGGAUCAGCAGUAUCGAUGUCAAUGGGGUUUCUUGCAGGCUCAACGAUGAUGAGCCUAACAAUAAUCUGGGGUUCUGUUAUUGCUUUCGGAAGCUAUGAUCUUCAACAGACUAAUUCCUCAAACUUGGAAAACAAAACGCCGUGCCUUUCCAAUGGUUAUGGUGUUAAAACUGACAUUGUUACCAAGUAUACUGCAAGAAUCAUACUUCUGUCAAUGAUCCCAUAUUUAAUACUUGAACUGUCGAAAGUUUUCAAUUCUUCUUCAGCAACACGAGCAGGAGUCCUGAUUGCUCUUAUUGUUACAGUUAUUUUACUGGUGACUUACUGCACCUUCCAGGUAUUCCAGCCAUGGAUUCAGGAUAGAACACUCGAGUAUUUGAUUCUGUCAUAUGUGAAGAAGAACCUACUACAAUCUCUAUGCAAUCCUUAUGGGAGGCCCAUUGAAUUCAAGAUAAGACAGUUGUUUCACAAGAUUGAUCUGAAUAAAAAUGGUCAAAUAUCAGAAGAUGAAGUGAGAGCAUUUUUAGUGGGAAUAGAAGCAGGAGUGGUUGGCUUGAUUGGAGACCAUUGUGUAUCAAAAGUGAUGGCAGAGUUUGACUUCUCUGGAGAUCAUGGUAUAAGCAAGGAAGAAUUUAUUCGAGGGAUAUCGAAAUGGCUUGAUGAGGCUAAUGGCGUUGAAAACAACGGAAACCAGACAGAAUUGUUCAAUAGUAAUUUACCGGGAAGUAGAGAAGAACAGCAGAUAUGGGAGGCUGAACAACAGGAUUCUAAGAAUUCCGAUGAAUUGAAUUACAGUAAGGCCACUUACUUCAUCCUUCUGGGAACUGCUAUUGCAGUUCUUCUGGCAAAACCCUUAACCAAAACACUCCAAGAACUUGCGACAGCUAUAAAGGUCCCCUCUUUCUUGGUGUCGUAUUUUUUGGUACCCUUCGCUUUGAACUUCAGACAAGGAUAUAAAUCAAUUAUUUCUGUCAGUGAUAAGAAAGAGAAGUCCGUGUCUUUGACACUCUCUCAGAUCUAUUGUGGGGUAUUCAUGAACAACGUUCUGGGUUUGACGUCAUUCUUGACUAUUGUUUAUAUACGAGAUGUGGAAUGGGAUAUCACAGCUGAAAUUCUGGUUGUUCUAGUAAUUUGCAGUGGAAUCGGUCUAUCCUCCAGCUUCUCCUCCAAAUUCCCAUUCUGGACAUGUCUUGUAGCUUAUGCUCUUUAUCCGAUAUCUCUGGGCUUUCUUUACGUUCUCACCAUUUCUCUCGGAUGGGGUUAAAACCUGUUCACACCAAUUGUUUAUGCUGAUACUUUUCAUAAGGCGUGAUUGCAAGGGGACAAUAAACUGGAUGGAAACUCAAUCACUCCUAUGAGUGAGUGUUUCACAGACUUGAUAGAUCGAAAUUUAUUGUGCUAAUGUGUCUUGUCCAUAUAAAAUUAUUUCAUUUACCUUUGUGGUUUUA